CCCCGAGACCCGGCCUAGGAUUCCGGGCCCCUAAAUCGGAGGCCUUGCCUGCCCUCCUGGGGCGCGGCCUCUGGGUCCGGGGCUCGGUUCAGACUUCAUGCAGACUGGGACGCGUUUUCACGGGAGGCUAUACCAACACACCUGAGCGCAAAUUCCGCGGCGGAUUCCGACAGCUCUGGGAGAUGCCAAGCACAGAGCAGCCAUUUGUCAGGGCCACAGUCAGGGCCUGUCUUUGGGGCGCAGAAAUCUGUGCCCCCCAUCCCACUUUCUUAUUGUAUCGCUGCGACAGGCCCUUGAAGAGUUCCAGUCCCCGCCCGGGCUUAAAAAGGGACCAUAUCAUUUGCCAGUGAACUUCUGUUGCUGCAAAAUUUUCUGCUAAAAUUCAAGGUGAUAUUUAUCAACUUGCUAAACAGAAAGACAUUGCCAAAGUAGUAAUCAAUAGAAAGAUUACAUGGCAUAGGAAUUGUUCUUGCCUUCUGAACCAAUGAAUAGAAAGUGGGAAGAAAAACUGAAGCAGAUUGAGGAGCGAGCAUCUUAUUAUAAGAGGAAACCAUUGUGCUCAGUGUAUAGACCAAGCCUGUCCAGGCCAGAGCAACCACCCUCCAUUUGGAAGCUAUUUCGUCGUCAAACUGAAGCUUUUAAUUUCGUUAAAAGCUGUAAACAGGAUGUUCAUGUAUUUGCUUUGGAAUACAAAAUGGGAGAUGGACAACGUAUUUAUCUUGUAACAACCUAUGCUCAGCUUUGGUUUUACUAUAAAUCCCGAAAAAAUCUCUUGCACUGCUAUGAAGUUAUUCCUGAAAAUGCUGUGUGCAAGCUUUAUUUUGAUCUGGAAUUUAACAAACCUGCCAAUCCAGGAGCUGACGGGAAAAAGAUGGUUGCAUUACUCAUUGAGCAUGUCUGUAGAGCACUUCAGGACUCAUAUAGUGUAAGUUGCUCAGCUGAAGAUGUUUUCAACUUGGAUUCUAGCACUGAUGAAAAAUUUAGCCGCCAUCUGAUAUUUCAGCUCCAUGACGUGGCAUUUAAAGAUAACAUCCAUGUUGGUAAUUUUGUGAGAAAAAUUUUGCAGCCUGCUCUUCAGUUAAUGGCCAGUGAAGAUGAUGAUAGCAUUUCAGAGACAGUGGCCCCUGGAUUUUCCCACUUUUCUGAGGCACCAACAAAACAAGGGACUUCGUGUAACAAAAUGUCCCCAGACAUGGACACAGGAGAGAGCUGGACGUUGAAUUCAGAGAAGCCGAGGCAGCUGGGAGCAGUGAAGCAGAGCGAUCCUGAUCUUUCGUUUUUAGUUGUGAAGAAUAACGUGGGAGAAAAGCAUCUGUUUGUAGAUCUAGGAGUUUACACAAGAAAUAGAAACUUCCGGCUGUAUAAGUCAUCAAAACUAGGAAAGCAUGUGGCUUUGGAGAUUGCUGAAGAUAACAAAUUCUUUCCUAAACAAUCAAAAACUAUUCCUGAAGAAAACCAGUAUUUCCUCUCUUCUUUGGUAUGCAAUGUCAGAUUCUCAGAUACUUUACGAAUUCUAACAUGUGACACACCUCAGAAUAAAAGAAAGCGAAUGAAGCAUUUCAAUAGUACCAGCCCUUCAGUAGACACCAUCGAAGGUUGGCAGUGCUCGCCCUACCCUGAGGUCGAUCAGUUUGUUCUUUCCCUGGUGACUAAAGCUGACAUCAAAGGAGGAAUUAGGCGUUGGAGCUACUUUUUCCCAGAACAGUUGUUGGUUUAUGAUAUUUUCAAAUAUCGCUGGUGUGAGAACAUUGGAAGAGCCCACAAGAGUAAUAACAUCAUGAUUCUGGUUGAUCUGAAAAAUGAAGUUUGGUAUCAAAAAUGUCAUGAUCCUAUAUGUAAAGCAGAAAACUUCAAAACCGACUGUUUGCCAUUACCUGCUGAAGUAUGUCUUUUGUUUCUUUUCAAAGAGGAAGAAUUUACAACAGGUGAAGCAGAUGAAACUAGGAACAAUGACACCAAGAGCCCUCAUAAACCCUCACCUGGAAAGCUGUCAACAGGUGCAGCCUCCGACCCUGGCUGGGACAAUGGCAUGGAUGAUGCUUGCUUUUUAGAAGCUAUUGAAGAUGCUGAACUAGCAGAGGCUGCCGAGCGCAGUCUUCUGAGUGACAGGAGUGGAGUGGACGAGAUUCCUGAUGAGCUAAUGAUGGAAGUAUUACAAGAGUAG